AUGAAACUCAACGUUAUCGACGCUGCAAAACAUGCCAAAGAUCUGUGGAUGAAACAGGAUCCUCGAGAUGAGGAGGACGAGUCUGAUGUUCAGGCCGAGGUUGUGGAGAUCGAAGAACAACUCAUUGAAUGGAUGGCCAACAAACUCGGUAUUCCUCCGUCCGACAAAGAUGGCGGAUAUCCCCUAGAGGUUCAUUUCAUGGCCGAGAAACUGGCUGAAAUGCCCAUUGACAAGGCUCUGGAACUCGUCAAGACCAACUACGCCUACCACGAUCAUGACAACAACUUUCGACAUGAGUACCGUAUGGAGGUCAAGAGCGUGCUGGAGGCCUUUGGAGAGGGUGAGGAUCCUGAGAAAGAAGACCCCGACAACCUCAUUCUGCUGCGCUACUGGGCAGUCAUCUUCCACUGGUGGAGUCCCUAUCCUGAAGUUCGUUCCGUCACUGAUCCCUACGACGAAACAGACACUACAGUUGAGACAUGGAGAGUGUGGGUUCUGGGAACCAUCUGGGUUGCAAUUUCUGCCUUUGUCAACCAGUUCUUUUCCGUCCGUCUGCCCGCCAUCAGCCUCGACGCCUCGGUCUGCCAACUGCUCCUCUACCCCUGUGGACGAUUCCUGCAGUAUGUGCUACCUGACUGGGGCUUUAGUUUCAGAGGAAGACGAUACACUCUGAAUCCGGGAGUCUGGAGCCAGAAAGAACAACUCCUGGCAACUAUCAUGGUCUCGUGUGCGGCUGGAACGCCUUAUAUCACCUCCAACAUUAUCACCCAGGCUCUACCGUCCUUCUACAACCAAGACUGGGCCGCCAACUACGGCUACCAGUUUGUUUUCAUGCUGGUGACGCAAAUGAUGGGCUUUGGAAUGGCCGGUCUGUUGAAACGAGUGGCUGUGUACCCCGUCAAAGCCAUGUGGCCCUCCUUGCUGCCUACCCUGGCGGUGAACAAAGCUCUGCUGGCUCCAAACAGAAAAGAGAGCAUCAACGGCUGGAAGAUCUCCCGAUACACCUUCUUCAUGAUCAUGUUUGUGGUAUCCUUCCUCUACUUCUGGGUGCCCAACUACCUCAUGAACUUUUUGCAGACCUUCAACUGGAUGACCUGGAUCGCUCCAAACAACGCGGACCUAGCUAUCGUCACGGGCUCCAUCGGCGGACUCGGAUUCAACCCCAUUCCAACCUUUGACUGGAACCAGGCCACCGCCAAUCUCGCUCCCAUCACCCUACCUCUGUACACCUCCAUCACGGGCUUCUGCGGCUCCCUCUUUGGAGGCCUCGUCAUCCUGGCUCUCUACUAUUCUAACAACUCAUGGACGGGCUACAUCCCCAUCAACUCCAACCGGCUUUUUGACAACAAGGGCAAGGCGUUCAACGUGACCCGAAUUCUGACAAAUUAUAGAUUUGACAGAGAAAAGUACCUCGCCUACUCCACGCCGUAUUACUCGGCAGGAAACCUCGUUCUCUACUCGGCCUUCUUCGCAGUCUACACCUUUUCGUUCGUGUACACGACGCUCAUGGACUGGAGAGCCAUGAGAGACGCCAUUGUGGAUACCGCCAAGGCAAUCAGGUACAUCCACCGAAGUAACUACCACGGAAGAGUCGACCCUUACUCUCGGUACAUGAAGAAACAUAAGGAGGUCCCCGACUGGUGGUUCUACCUCACCAUGCUCAUCAUGUUUGUUCUGGCCAUUGUUCUGGUGGAAGUGUGGCCCGUAGAUACACCAGUGUGGAGUAUUGUGUUUGUCAUGGGCUUGGUGGCUGUUUUCAUUGUGCCCUUCACUGUGUUUGUGUCGUACACAGCCACCUCUCUGUCCCUCAACGUUCUGGCCGAACUCAUCAUUGGCUACGCCCUUCCGGGUCGGUUCAUGGCGUUGAAUCUCAUCAAAGCCCUGUCCGUGCAAAUCGCCCAGCAAGCUGAGAACUACACGUCUGAUCAGAAACUGACCCAUUAUGCCCAUCUGCCUCCCCGAUCCAUCUUCUGGUUGCAAAUCUGGGCCACUCUGGUCAAUGGAGUGGUGUGUCUGGGUGUGAUUCAGUUCCAGCUAGGUCUGGAGAACCUCUGUGACGCAGACAACAAGCUCAAGUUCACAUGUCCGUCGGAAACCACCUUCUUCACCGCCUCGGUCGCAUGGGGAGUCAUUGGCCCCAAGAAGAUGUUCAACAAGUAUCCCGUCAUGAAAUGGAUGUUCUUGUUUGGAGCUGGAGCCGGACUCUUCUUCUAUGUUGUCCAAGUCACGCUUCCAAAGUUCUUGGCCAAAUGGUGGCCCAAACACGCCGAGAAGAUCGACUACUACCGACGAAAGUGUCUGUACUUCAACCCGCUCAUUUUUGUGGUCGGUAUCAUUGACGGUUGGGCCCCGUACAACCUGACCUAUAAGGUCGGAGGACUGUAUCUUGCCAUCCUGUUCAACGGAUACAUCAAGGGCCGAUAUCUUGCGUGGUGGCGAAAGUACGCCUACGUCAUGGAGGCGGCUAUUGUCACAGGAAUUGCCCUGUCUGGUAUCAUCAUCUUUUUUUCGGUGCAGUACAACCCGAAAGAUCUGGAUUGGUGGGGCAACAAUGUGAUUGGAGAUGGAGUAGAUGGAUCGGGAAUUCCGCCGAACAAGAAGAUCCCCGAGGACCCGGGAUUCUUUGGACCGGACUCGUCUCAAUGGUAG